GGCUGAAAGUUUCGUUUCUGUAGAAGAGCCCUGCCCCUUAGCUUCCCCAGCCAUUCAGCUGCCCCAGCCCCUCAGCUGAAAAGACUUGCCUGUGCUUGUUUUCUGACCGUGUGGACAAGAUGGUUUUGGGCACAGCCUUAGUACUUGGAGCUGGAGCAGUUGGUGGUGUUGUAGCAGCUCCAGUCAUACUUACAGCAGUGGGUUUCACUGCUGGUGGCAUCGCUGCAGGAUCCUACGCUGCGUCUAUGAUGUCUGCUGCGGCGGUCGCUCAAGGUGGAGGUGUAGCAGCAGGAACUGCUGUUGCUGUCCUGCAGUCUGCAGGGGCUGCUGGAUUGUCCGUCGCCGGCCAGGCUGCUGCGGCGGCUACAGGAGCGGCGGUGGCUGCUGGGGCUGGAUGGGUUUCCUCUGUGGUUCUUUUGAUUCUUUAGAUGUCUUUAUGCACCUUGUGAAUCAUGGUUUUGUUUAUUCAUUUUUGCUUGAUACGUUAAAGCUUUUACUAGCUUUCAUCUACAUGAAGGAAAACGGUCUAAUCGUGUAAAUAAUAAAGAAGCUGCACUUAUAA